GCAAUUUCAGUGUGAGACACAGCGGCGAGACCGAGCGGCGGCUCCAAGCGCGGCGCGGCAGCUCCUCCCGCGCGGGGUCAGUGCCCCGGCGCGCGCACGCGCACCCCCGCCGCCGGAGCGCGCCUCGCGCCGCCCGCUCAGUCGAUCGGUCGGCUGUCUGUCGCCCUGUCGCCGCCACCGUCGCCGUCGCGUGCGCCACCUGAGGGAGCCGCCGCCUCGGGACCCGAGCGGACCGGACCCGACCCCGCCACCCGGGGCCGCCCGGAGCCUAGCAGCCGCCAGCGGGGGCGCCGAGCAACUUCGGUUGGUCAGCACGUUGAUGCAAGUUGCCUUUUGCCAUAGCUGCCACCAUGGCUGGCUGGUAGGACCAGCAUUCCCAGCUCAGAUAGUUCAGAAUGACUGAAGAAGCAUGCCGAACACGGAGUCAGAAACGAGCACUUGAACGGGACCCAGUGGAAGACGAUGUGGAGAGCAAGAAAAUAAAAAUGGAGAGAGCAUUGUUGACUUCAGAUUUAAAUGCUGAUGGAGACACGAGAGUGACACCUGAGCCAGGAGCAGGCCCAGCCCAAGGGUUGCUCAGGGGAGCAGAGGCGACAGCCAUGGGCAGAGGCGAAGGGCAGGCAGGCGACGGGCCUGUGGAUAUGCGCACCUCACACAGUGACAUGAAGUCCGAGAGGAGAACCCCCUCACCUGAUGUGAUCGUGCUGUCUGACAGUGAGCAGCCUGCGAGUCCACGAGUGAAUGGGCUGAUGAAGGAGACCUUGAAGGAGACCAGCACCGAGGCCCUCAUGAAAAGCAGUCCUGAAGAACGAGAAAGAAUGAUUAAGCAACUGAAAGAAGAGUUAAGACUGGAAGAAGCAAAACUCGUUUUAUUGAAAAAGUUGCGGCAGAGUCAAAUACAAAAGGAAACCACGGCCCAGAAGCCUGCAGGCUCUGCUGGGAGUGUUGUGACCACCCCUCCCCCGCUAGUUCGGGGCACCCAGAACAUUCCUUCUGGCAAGCCAUCGCUUCAGACCACUUCGACUCGAAUGCCUGGCAGUGUCAUCCCGCCGCCCCUGGUCCGUGGUGGACAGCAGGCAUCCUCGAAGCUGGGGCCACAGGCGAGCUCACAGGUUGUCAUGCCCCCGCUCGUCAGGGGGGCCCAGCAAAUCCACAACAUCAGACAACAUUCCAGCACGGGGCCACCCCCGCUCCUCCUGGCCCCCAGGGCAUCCGUGCCUAGUGUGCAAAUUCAGGGACAGAGGAUCAUCCAGCAGGGCCUCAUCCGCGUCGCCAACGUCCCCAACACCAGUCUGCUCGUCAACAUCCCACAGCCCUCCCCAGCAUCACUGAAAGGGACGACGGCCACCUCUGCUCAGGCCAACUCCACCCCGACUAGCGUGGCUUCUGUAGUCACCUCUGCUGAUUCUCCAGCCAGUCGGCAGGCAGCCGCCAAGCUUGCGCUGCGCAAACAGCUGGAGAAGACGCUGCUCGAAAUCCCCCCUCCCAAGCCACCUGCCCCAGAGAUGAACUUCCUGCCCAGCGCUGCCAACAACGAAUUCAUCUAUCUGGUUGGCCUGGAGGAGGUGGUGCAGAACCUGCUGGAAACACAAGCGGGCAGGAUGUCGGCUGCUGUUGUGCUGUCCCGAGAGCCCUACAUGUGUGCGCAGUGCAAGACAGACUUCACGUGCCGCUGGCGGGAGGAGAAGAGCGGUGCCAUAAUGUGUGAGAACUGCAUGGCGUCCAACCAGAAGAAGGCUCUUAAAGUGGAGCAUACGAGCCGGCUGAAGGCCGCCUUUGUGAAGGCACUGCAGCAGGAGCAGGAGAUCGAGCAGCGCCUCCUGCAGCAGGGCACUGCCCCGACACAGGCCAAGGCUGAACCUGCCGCCGCCCCGCACCCUACGCUGAAGCAGGUCAUAAAACCCCGGCGUAAGUUGGCGUUCCGCUCAGGAGAGGCCCGCGACUGGAGUAACGGGGCUGUGCUACAGGCCUCCAGCCAGCUAUCCCGGGGUUCAGCCACCACGCCCCGAGGUGUCCUGCACACGUUCAGCCAGUCGCCCAAACUGCAGAAUGCAGCCUCGGCCACAGCCCUCGUCAGCAGGACCAGCAGACAUUCCGAGAGAGCCGUGAGUGCCAGCAAGGGCAACGCCACCUCCAACUGGAAGAAGGCAUCUCUGAAUACAGGCGGGCCCCUCACGUUUGUCAGCCCGAGCUUGGCAGUGCACAAGACCUCCUCCGCCGUGGACCGCCAACGGGAGUACCUCCUGGACAUGAUCCCGCCACGCUCUAUCCCCCAGUCGGCCACAUGGAAAUAGUGCGAGCCGGGCCCACUGGAGAACAGGCUCCCUUCUCCCUCCCACCUGGCCCUGCUACCCUCCAUUUGGGAAGACAUCGUGCUCCCCAAGAGAGCGAGCAAGCACCAGCCGCGCUGCAGAAGGGAGAGCUCCAUUUUUGGCUGCAAAGUCUCAUCGCGGCUGGGGGCCCACUUUACAGGUGGAUGAGGAUUAUCACUGGGGGACCUUUCCCAUGGGCUUUCCUCCUUUCUUUGCCUUUAGUUUGCCCAACACCAGCAGAAAAGCAGACCUCGGGGGCUGGUUCUGUUCCCGGCCCUCCCCUUGCCCCCAACAGGGUGCAUGUACGGCUCACCCUGGACACUGUGACAUGCUUGGGCAAGACUGGCGCCCUGGGCUUCUGAAGUCGAGCGGACCGUUGUUUUGUUUUUGCUUUUCCCCAUCUUAGCCUCCCAGUCUUCGACUGCCUUCCUUUACGGCAAUCUCUAGGUUAACAGAUUUUUUUUAAAAUCACCUCAUGAUGAUGGAGUUUAAAGUAAACCUUGCAGACCCAAGGGUCCCUGCCGAGCACGGCCCCCCUGCCCGGCGAGUGGGCCGCUGAUCAACCCUCGCUCCAUCAGAAGGCCUUUGCUGCUGCUCGUCCCAGAGACCCCUGACCUCCCACACUUCGUAGAAGAACAAACCGCAACCCAGACCCAGCCUGGGAGCUUGGGAGCCCCAUGUUGCUGAAUGAGGAGGCAGGAGAGAAUCGGCAGCAACGUCCAGAGCCUGAGCGGGAAAUUGGAGGGGCAGGCUGUUGUGUUUUUGUUAUUAUUGUUGUGGUUUAUUUUAUUAAAUGUUUUCCUUUUCUUUUCCUACUUAUUUUGAUGGACAACAUCCUAAGCUGCCCUGGCCUGUGCUCCUGUCAGGUGUGUUGGCGUGGGAAAGCACCACCACCACCACCUCCCCCACCCCCGACUUCAGGGUUUCCAUUGGGUCUAGUUUAGAACCUUCCUUUAAAGCAGGGCCAUGCUGCCAGGGUUUGCUUUCAGACUUUUUUUUAUCCUCUUUAGAGUCUACAGAAAUGUCUUACAAAGGAUCAGGUCUGCUCUCAGUUUUGUUUUGUUUUGGUUUUUCCCACUCCUUAGAAAUCGGUUCCAUGAGGAAAGGCAGAAGCUGUUGUGUGUGUGCUGUGCACAGGCUGGCUCCACGUAGGUGCAAGGGUGUCCCACGUGUACGCACAUGCGUGUGGAGAUGGGGUACGCUGCUCCCCACUUCAGCCCCAGCCCUGGUUUUCCUAUUCAUGCAGUUAGGGACUUAAUUUAAAAUCUUUAUUUUGUAGGGCUGCCUUCUUCACACUGCUACAACAUUCUAAUAAAGGCUCAUUUAACCCCUUC